GUGCUCAGGGUGCUCUGCAAGGAGGCCUCGGGCUGCGAGGAGCGCGAGCUGAUCGCCGCGCUUCAGCUCAGGAGCUUCGCGAGCGGCACAGGGGACGAAGCGCUUGAGAAGAUGGAGGGCGCCGCGAAGAAGAUGGAUAGCAAGGGGGCCAUGAGGGCCCAGAAGAAGGUUCAUUGCAGCAGCUACAACAAGCGGAUGAAUGAGACGAAGGUCAAGAGUACGAGCGGUGCCAGGAAACCCAGGAAGCCAUCCGACUACAGAGGCCCAGCGAGGUGCCCUGACCGCGCCAUCGAGCAGCCUGGGGCCAAGCUCUACAUCCCGCCUUCUACGACGAUGUGGCGCGGGAGCUUGGGCUCCG